AUGGAGGAGACACGAGAAUCUCCGGCGGAACACGGCUUUUACAUGCCGGCGGAAUGGGAAACUCAUGCCCAAACUUGGAUCGGUUGGCCUGAACGGCAAGAUAACUGGAGGCACAAUGCAUUACCCGCACAACGAGUGUUUGUAGAAGUUGCAAAGGCGAUUUCCAAGUUCGAGCCUGUGACAGUCUGUGCAAGCUCCGCUCAGUGGGAAAAUGCAAGGAAACAGCUUCCAGAGGAAAUCAGAGUUGUUGAGAUGAGCAUGAAUGAUUCUUGGUUCCGCGACUCUGGACCAACCUUUGUUGUGCGGAAAAGACCAUCAAAGCUCAGUUCUUUUAGCCGAAACAUCGCUGGAAUCGACUGGAAUUUCAAUGCCUGGGGAGGAGCUGAUGAUGGUUGUUACAUUGAUUGGAGUCAUGACCUUCUAGUUUCAAAAAAGAUUCUCGCUGUUGAACGGAUUCCAAGGUUUCAACAUUCGAUGAUUCUUGAAGGAGGCAGCAUCCAUGUCGACGGGGAAGGAACCUGCCUUGCCACAGAAGAGUGUCUCUUGAACAAAAACCGGAAUCCUCAUAUGAGCAAAGCACAAAUUGAAGAAGAACUCAAGAAGUAUCUCGGAGUAAAAACUAUUAUCUGGCUUCCUCGUGGUCUCUACGGUGAUGAUGACACAAACGGUCACAUUGAUAACAUGUGCUGUUUCGCUAAACCAGGAGUUGUGUUAUUGUCUUGGACAGACGAUGAAACCGAUCCUCAGUACGAAAGAGCCGUCGAAGCGCACUCCGUUUUCUCAAACUCCAUUGAUGCUCGUGGCAGGAAGAUCCAAGUCAUCAAGCUUCAUGUCCCUGGACCGCUUUAUAUGACAGAAGAAGAAGCUUCCGGAAUUAUUCAGGAAGGUGAAGCUAUACCAAGACUCGCAGGGACAAGACUCGCAGCAUCGUAUGUCAAUUUCUACAUCGCUAAUGGAGGAAUAAUCGUACCGCAAUUCGGUGACGCACAACGCGAUAAAGAAGCAAUUCGAGUCCUCUCAGAAACAUAUCCUCAUCACUCGGUUGUGGCAAUCGAGAAUGCUAGAGAGAUUGUUCUAGCUGGAGGAAACAUACAUUGCAUUACGCAGCAGCAACCGGCAGAGCCUAAAUCUGUCGCCGACAACGGCUACUGA